AACCAUAGUCCCCUAAACCCCAUCCCAAUCCAGUCUUCUCAUCCCCUCUCUCUCACUCACACAAAGUCACUCACUCACUAGACAGUAGACACCAGCAAUGGCGUUCUCCAAGCCCCUUCUCCUGCUGCUGCUGAUAGCGGCGGCGGCCAUGAGCGCGGCGGCGCAGGGCGGCAGCCAGGCGACCUGCAACGGGCACAAGGUGACAGUGCAGAAUCUCUGCGGGCAGGAGCUGAGGAUGGAGUCGAUCCAGCCGGUGGCGGACAGCAAGGUGCUGUUCAACCCCGGUUGGGUUCUCCCCAACAACCAGCACGCGGAGUUCCCCGUGUGCGCGUGGACGGGCCGGCUCAAGGCCGUUGGGGCCGUGGAGGUGGACAUCCACCUGGGCCACGACGACGGGGCCUACUACAAGGUGAGCACGGCCCAGUCCGGGACGCGCUGCCGCGUCUCCGUCACCCCGCACGGCAAGCUCGCCGGCACCUGCCCCACCGCCGGGUGCGCCGCCGGCGGGAAGUGCUUCCAGCACGAGUCACCCAAGGGCGACUGCCGCGGCGUCACCGAGAUCAAGAUCGUCUACUACGCUGCCGUCUAGUUCAUUAGUUAUGUUUAGCCAAGCCCAAGCUAGCUGCGCGGCAGUGUUUCAAUAAGUCAGUUAGAGGAGUACUCCCUCCGUAGUUUGCUACUAGCUCGAUGAGUUGGGCUAGCUGGUUGUUGUAAUCUGUCGUGUGGUGUUUGGUGUCGGAAUUGUUGCCGGAGCAGUACUAUUUGCUUGCCGUGAUGCGUGGCUACCUCGCUUUGGUUAUGGAUAGAGGAUGUUCGUCAGCUGUGCUACCAAUUAAUCGUUCGUGUUUGAUUCA